AUGUUAGUUUAUCAGGACCUCCUUACAGGUGAUGAGCUUCUCUCCGAUUCCUUCCCAUACAAAGAAAUCCAGAAUGGAAUGCUGUGGGAAGUUGCUGGCAAGUGGGUUGUUAAAGGAGCUGUUGAUGUAGACAUUGGUGCAAACCCUUCUGCUGAAGGUGGAGAAGAUGAGGGUGUUGAUGACCAAGCUGUUAAGGUUGUUGACAUUGUUGACACAUUCAGACUUCAGGAGCAACCUGCUUUUGACAAGAAGCAGUUUCUUGUCUUCAUGAAGAGGUAUAUCAAAUUGUUGACUCCCAAACUUGACGAAGAGAAACAAGUGCUUUUUAAAAAGCACAUUGAAGGAGCAAUUAAAUUCCUCAUCUCCAAGAUCAGUGAUCUUCAGUUCUUUGUUGGGGAGAGCAUGCAUGAUGAUGGUAUCUUGGUGUUUGCCUACUACAAGGAUGGUGCUACUGAUCCCACAUUUCUGUACUUUGCAUAUACUUUGAAGGAGGUGAAGUGCUAAGCAAA